GCAUCCAUCGCCAAAUACAGAAUUGCUGCCUGGUGCUGUCGCUAACCCCGCGUGCAUAAUACACCGCGUUCUGGACUGUCGACGUAAUCGAUCUCUGACUGUUCGUUUUCCUCUUGGCACCUGGAGCCCGAGAAUUCCGACGCCCGACAGCACCUCUUUUCUUCGACCGUACCCGUGAAAUCAGCUGCUCGCCUUCCUCGCAUCCCGACUGUCAAGCAUGCCAAUCACGUUAAGCUGUUAUGGAGGAUAGAGACGAGAUGGAUGCGGCCGCGGAUGGGUCUCUAAAGGUGCAACGAGCCUGUGAUUCUUGUCGAUUGAGGAAGAUUCGUUGUGACAGAACGAUUCCAUGCUCCAAUUGUCGAGCAAGCAAGCUGAGCUGCCAGACGACAGCUCCAACUCAAAAAGUGCAAAGGCAGAGGAUACAUAUAUCUGAUGAAUACGAGCGGAAGAUCGACCGAAUAGAAGACCGCUUAGCAGGUAUUGAGAAUGUCCUCGAAAGUCUUGCAGCAAAACUGGGCAAUCUCGACAUCAAGAGCGAAACUUCCGAGCCUAGUACUACUCAAUCCAAGUCGAGCCGAAUUGGAAGAAGCCCUAAUUCUAGCGCCGAAGUUAAUGCGCCCUCCCCAGCCCCGUUCGAAGGAGAAACAACGCUUAACACUCAAUCGACCUUUGCCCGGGAUUACUUAGAGCGGACCGUAGUCAACACUUCAAUCGGACAAAACCCUCAGGUCAAGGCCGCUCUCACAUCGUUGCAGAGUAUGGUCAAGAGGCAGAAUCAGAAUGUGACAUCUAAAACUGACGCUCCGCUCUUUGUACAUAAGGCUGCAUCCGACGUUAACAUCUCGCAGCUCGAACGUCCCCCAUGGGAAGCUGCGAGUGAUGUACUCGACAAAGCCACCACCUACCCAACUAUGUGCUUUGCCGUCGUCUUCCCGUUUCUGAAGUUGUCAGGUUUCAAAGAAAUUUUCAAAGAAACAUGGGACACUCCGCAAGACGCCCCAGUAGGUCGGCGGAUUUUGGUUUAUGGCAUUCUUUACAACAUAUUCACCGAAUUUGGAAGCUACCCGCUCCUUGGGCCUCGAAAUGAAAAGUAUCGCGAAUACGGCCUUCAAAGCCGCGUUCAAAUGGAGACAGCGAUGAGUGAACUAGACAUGUUCCUCCCAGCAAGUUAUGAGAAUAUUCUUGCACUGUUACUCGCUGCAUCUUACGCAGUAGAAAUGUGUAAACCAUCACUUUGCUGGACAAUGACCUCGACGGCGGCAAACCUCUGCCAACAUCUCGGUUACCAUCGAAUCGAUACCAUGAAAGAUGAUACUAUGGAGGAACGCGCGUCCAAGAUCCGAGUAUUUUGGUUUAUAUACGUAAUGGACAAGACACUCUCGCUUCGUCUCGGUCGAGCGUCUUCGAUCCAGGAUUGGGAUAUGUCACUACCCUUUCCUGCUGUUGGUGAAAGUUGUGAUCCUCUUUUCGCAUCUGCAAAAGGAUCCGAAAUACAGCUGUAUUGGAUCAAGGUGGCACAGAUUCAAGGCCAAACAUACGAGCGGCUCUUUAGUCCUGCGGCAUUCAUGAAAUCGGAGCAGGAGCGUGCACAGACUGCCGCAGAGCUUGUAAAUGCGCUCAACCGGGCUUGGUCAGAGCGUGGAGAGAUAAAGCUUACAUUCCUAGGGUCAUUCGGAGACGUUGGGGACCUUUUCUACCACGCUGACGUUGUCAUGCACUACUCUAUUAUGUCGUUGAUCCAGCGGGCCGUGAUUCCAGAUAAUGUUACAUUCAAUCAGGACUGCCUGGAGUCGGCUCGGGCCGCGUUGGUCUCCCACCAACGAUGCAGUAAGAAAUACAAUAUUCGAGGGAAUGAAGAUCUGUGGGCAGGUUAUUUACACUGGUCCGUGCUUCAGGCCCCGUUCACCCCCUUCAUUGUCAUUUUCUGCAACGCAAUAACUCACUGCGACCCGUCGGAUCUUACUUCCCUCUCUGAAUUUGUCAUUUCCCUUGAGUCUUGUCGGACAAUAUCAGACGGCGCCGACAAGCUUUACAAGAUGUGUCACAUGUUCCUGCAAGUGGCAAAGCUGUACGCAGAGGCUAAGAACAAAGAAAUCGAAGCUCAGAAUGAGCAUACAAACCAAAAUGGGUUCUAUGUUCCUGCCAGCAGCGAGCAGAACCUUGAUUUGAGCGCCAUGACGCAGUUCGACCCAUACUUAUCGGCUUUAGGGUUGGUACCAAAUAGCGCUUGGCCAAUGGCUGGGUUUGUUGGCAUGGACGGCAGUGCGGAAGGAGCUUCGGCAGCGGGAGGUGAGGCUCUCCAGGCGGCGUUUGAUCAUACGGGUGGGCAGAACACGGUACAGGAUUGGUUUUCUGGAUCACGAUAUAUUAUGGGUCUCAUGGAAGAGGACAUCAACAUGCCGGACUUGAACUUCUAGAGGAUUGGGAUAUAUUGUUGUGCGUGUACGAUACAACUAGAUCUCUACUUGCUCAUUCUGCGG